AUGAAUGGAGGAAUGAAUGAAGAGGACAGCAAACGACUACCUUGCGUAAUCAUGAUGUCAGACCCCUUCCAUAAAGAUGAAUUCGGCAGUCGCAGCUGCAGGGAGGUAUGUGCCCUGUGCGGGCGCCCCGAUCGCUUGCUAACUGGUGAAGAUCCGACGCUUAUGCACUGCCCGCAAAUAACAUUGCCCGGCUCGCUGUGGUUAUUGAUCGAUCAUAAUUAUAGCACUCGCGUCUAG